AUGGAUGAAGAUGUAAGACAAGUCUGUCGUAUCUUAACUUUAUUCUCUUUAUUGUAGUUAAUACCAGGCCAAGGAAAGGCAACUUCCGCACCCAAUACAACAUGGCCUAAGCUUCUCGGGGGCCUCUUUUUAUUCUCUCUGGUUAUUGUGUUCGUUUACUGGUAUGAAGCGGGUGUGGGAUUUACGAGUAGUACGUACUAUCUUCUUUACACAACCCAAAUUUUGGAGAACUCGAUGACUCCUGUUCCAGAUGUACCAGUAAGUUUUGUGAACUGAUUUUUUCGCUAGGACUAUUCUAUCGGGAUGAUUUUCAAAAUUUUUUGCGAAGUUUCAUCAAAUUUUUUGCUCACAACUCUGCAAUCUGCCAAUGUGCUUAAUCAAUUCCUUACGACCCUAAUUUAUAAUAAUUUCCAGCCCAGCCACAAAGUAAUCCUAAUGUGGACCACUUUCUUCGGCUCUCCCAGUUAUUUCUGGGAGCCCGGAAGUAAUUGCAACUACAGCUGCAUCUACACUUACGAUCGUCGAAUGCUCAGUAACGCCUCUCUCCUCAUUUUCCACAUCCGAAAUACGAAUUCAAGAGAUUUGCCGCAAUCAAAUGCACCCAAAGUCUUCUUUUCUUUGGAAUCCCCGUAUCACACCUAUUUCCAGAAGGGGAAACUAAAAUUGGACUAUUUUAAUUACACCAUGACCUACGAAGAGGACAGUGAUAUGCCUCAGCCGUACGAGUAUGAUGUCAAUAAGACUUAUAAUGGGACAGCAAGGACUAUUGAGGAGGUAAGGAAGGGGAAGAACAAAAUGCGGGCCUCGAGACAAAGCUAGAAGCAAUUUUUGUAGCAGGAGAAGUCAUAUAUAUAGAAGGGCAUCCAGAUAUAAAUUUUGCGUAUGGAUUAUAAUUUCAAAAAAUGAUGACUUUUUUGACCACUUAAAAUUCCCUUUUCCAGAUCCGAGAGAUCAUCAGCAAAAAGAGCAAAUUAGCCCUGAUAGCUCAUUCCAAUUGUGCUACGAAGUCCAAACGAGGAGACCUUCUAAAAGCCCUCCAGAAAAGGAUUAACAUCACCCAGGUUGGGCGAUGUGUCUCUCGUUCGUGUAAUUCGCAAUGUUUGGACAAACUUAUUGGUAAGAUUACCUUAUUUACAGAGUGCUAUUAGAAGCCUUAAUUGUCCAAAUUAAUAUAAAUUUUGCUUCAGAGUCCCACUACUUUUACUUCGCCUUCGAAAACUCGAUUUGCAAGGAUUACACGACCGAGAAGUUUUUCCGUUUCACCAAAUACAUUGUUCCCGUCGUUCUCCGCCGCUCCUUCAUGCCAAAAAGAAUACCUCAGGAUCUUUACAUUGCCGUUGAUGACUUUAAAAAUGUGAACGAAUUCGUCGACUACCUCAAUUUGGUCGCUAACAAUCACACUUUGUAUGAACAGUAGGUGUUUUCACAACGUCCAUUUUGUAUUUUAGGUAUUUCAAUUGGUCAAUUGAGGACAAGCUCCCCAGAAUCUAUGACUCAAAAUUCUAUUCAAUGUGCCACAUGUGUAAAAUGGCGCAUACCCUGCCUCCGAAACAAAUCCCGGAUUACCGGAAGGUGUUCGGUGUGGAUAAAUGUGAUGGGAAUUUUGUUCGAAGGUUCCUCAACCAAAAGCCGGUCUAG